CCGGGGCGCCCCGCCCGCUGCUCUGCCUCCUGUGAGGCGUUGGGGCGUCCUGUGAGGAGUCCUGAGGCGGGACCUCUAAGCGCUUCUCCGCGUAUCAGGUGUCCCGAGUAUCAGGUGUCCGCGUGGCAAGGCGGGGGUACGAACCGUCAAGGGGCCCCCAGACCCAGUGAGCCCACCCCGCCAGGCCGCCGGCAGCCGCGGCUAGAAGUUGGGGGCGGCGCCCGGGGCACUCCCCCUGCUGCCGUUGCCAGGGGCUCGGAAACCGGUUGGUUCGGUCCGGAGACGCGGAGUCGUGUCCCGGGGCGUUGGCCCGGGCGGCGCAGGCUGCGGCCCGAUGCGCUUUCCGGACCGUGGAAGGUCGGCUCUGCCUCGGUGAGCCCCGCGGGGAGGCGGCGGCCCGGGAAGGUGCCCACGGCCUGAGUCCUGAGUAUGUCUAGCAUAUUUGUUAAGAUGCCUUAGAAAAAGAACCAUGGAGAAAUACAUUAGAAUACAGAAGAUUGGAGAAGGUUCAUUCGGAAAAGCCAUUCUUGUCAGAUCUACAGAAGAUGGCAGACAAUAUGUUAUCAAAGAAAUUAAUAUUUCAAGGAUGUCCAAUAAAGAGAGGGAAGAAUCAAGGAGAGAAGUUGCAGUGCUAGCAAACAUGCGGCAUCCAAAUAUUGUCCAGUAUAGAGAAUCAUUUGAAGAAAAUGGCUCUCUCUACAUAGUGAUGGAUUACUGUGAAGGAGGGGAUCUGUUCAAAAGAAUAAAUGCUCAGAAGGGCAUUUUGUUUCAAGAGGACCAGAUUUUGGACUGGUUUGUACAGAUAUGUUUGGCCCUAAAACAUGUACAUGAUAGAAAAAUUCUUCAUCGAGACAUAAAAUCACAGAACAUAUUUUUAACCAGAGAUGGAACAAUACAACUUGGAGAUUUUGGAAUUGCUAGAGUUCUUAAUAGUACUGUAGAGCUGGCUCGAACUUGCAUAGGGACCCCAUACUACUUGUCACCUGAGAUCUGUGAAAAUAAACCUUAUAAUAAUAAAAGUGAUAUUUGGGCUCUGGGGUGUGUCCUGUAUGAGAUGUGCACACUUAAACAUGCAUUUGAAGCUGGCAACAUGAAAAACCUGGUACUGAAGAUAAUAUCUGGAUCUUUUCCACCCGUGUCUUUGCAUUAUUCUUACGAUCUCCGCAGUUUACUCUCUCAGUUAUUUAAAAGAAAUCCUAGGGAUAGACCAUCAGUCAACUCCAUAUUGGAGAAAGGUUUUAUAGCCAAACGUAUUGAAAAGUUUCUCUCCCCUCAGCUUAUUGCGGAAGAAUUUUGUCUAAAAACAUUUUCCAAGUUUGGAGCGCAACCUCUACCAGCUAAAAGACCAGCUUCAGGACAAAGCUUGGCUUCUAUUAUGUCUGCUCAGAAAAUUACAAAGCCUGCUGCUAAAUAUGGAAUACCUUUGACAAAUAAGAAAUAUGUAGAUAAAAAAUUGCAUGAAAGGAAACCACUCCAGAAAUAUAAACAGGCCCAUCAAACCCCAGUGAAGAAAGUGAAUCCUCGAGAAGAAAGGAGGAAACUGUUUGAGGAAGCACCAAGAAAAAGAAGAUUGGAACUGACUGAAAAAGAAAAGAAACCUAAGGAUCAGGUUAGUCUGCUGAAGGCUGAGCAGGUGAAAAGACAGGAAAAGGAAAGGUUGGAGAGAAUAAAUAGGGCCAGGGAACAAGGCUGGAGAAAUGUGCUGAGUGCUGGUGGAAGCGGUGAAAUGAAGGCUCCCUUUGUGGGCAGUGGAGGGGCCAUGGCUCCAUCAUCUUUUUCCUCUCGAGGACAGUAUGAACAUUAUCACGCUAUUUUUGAUCAAAUGCAGCAACAAAGAGCAGAAGAUAAUGAAGCUAAAUGGAAAGGAGAAAUACAUGGCCAGAGGCUUCCAGAAAGGCAGAAGGGGCAGCCAGCUAUGGAAAGAGCAAAACAAGUAGAAGAGUUUCUACAGCGAAGACGGGAAGCAAAGCAGAACAAAGCUCGGGCCGAGGGGCAUAUGGGCAUCCUGCACAACCUGGCAGCUCUCUAUGGAGGCAGGCCCAGCUCUUCACGAGGAGGGAAGCCGAGAAACAAAGAGGAAGAGGUUUAUUUGGCAAGACUAAGACAAAUAAGAUUGCAGAAUUUCAGUGAACGCCAACAGAUUAGAGCCAAGCUUCGUGGUGAAAAGAAGGAAACUGACAGCUCUGAAGAUCAAGAAGGAAGUGAGGAGGCCGAUGUGAGGCGUAAAAAAGUGGAAGCCCUGAAGGCCCAGGCAAGUGCCCGUGCAGCCGUCUUGAAGGAGCAGCUUGAGCGCAAGCGGAAAGAAGCUUACGAGAGAGAGAAGAAGGUGUGGGAGGAGCAUUUGGUGGCCAAAGGAAUAAAGAACUCAGAUGUGUCUCCACCUUCAGGGCAGCAGGAAAUGGGGGGUUCUCCAUCAAAGCAGCCGAUGAGACCUGUUAUUUCUGUGACCUCAGCUUUGAAGGAAGUGUGUAUGGACAGAAGUCUAACUGAUGCCCAGGAAACCUCAGAAGAAAUGCAGAAGAGUAACAGUGCUGUUUCAAGUAAGCGAGAAAUACUACGUAGAUUAAAUCAAAAUCUUAAAGUUCAAGAAGAUGAAAAGGGAAGGCAGAGUCGUCCUGAAAUGGGUACGGUAACUGCUCAUGAAGAUACCAAAGAGCUGGAAAAAGAAAAGUCAGUUUCAUCGGAUCGAAAAAAAUGGGAGACAGGAGGCCAGCUUGUGCUUCCUGUGGAUGAACUGGCCCUGGACGCUUCCUUCUCUGUGACGGAAAAACAUACAGUGGGAGAGGUUAUUAAAUUAGAUCCUAGUGGAUCUCCAAGAAAAGUCUGGGGGAAAAGUCCUACAGAUUCUGUUCUGAGGAUACUUGGAGAAGCUGAACUGCAACUUCAGACAGAACUCUUGGAAAACACAACUAUUAGAAGUGAGAUUUCUCCUGAAAGGGAGAAUUGCAAAUCCUUAAUUAUUGAAGAAGAAAAAGUGAAAUGUAUUUCACUUGAAAUGAACCCAUCAGCUACUGUUGAUUCUUCGCUUGAGACAAACAGGCCAAACAUUAGUGAAGCAUCUCCACAGACAGCAUUGAAACCAGAAGAUUUGGAGGAGCCUGCUGACUUGGAGGCAGAAGUACUGCAGGAGCCAAGUGGAGCAGACAGAGAUGGCGGUUUGCCCCACCCCGUUCUCGACAUGUGGGUCAGUGAGAGAGAAGGAGCAGAGGAGGUUGAGUUGGAAGAUAGGAUCACCAUUCAGCAAAAUGAACUUUCUGAAGAUAAAGUCCCGAGCAGUGUGGAUCACGUUAGUGAGGUUCAUGUAGAACCUGGAGUGGAUGAUUUUCCACCCUCUAAGCAUGAUAUAGAUAAAUCUAUGCAACUGGAACCAUUUUUCCACAAAGUGGUUUAUUCUGAGCAUCUGAAAGCAGGUUCUCAGGUUCAGUCAGUUCUCUGUUCACCAGAAGAAUCCUUUCCACUUCGAUCUCACUCUGAUUCACCACCAAGAAAUAAAAAACAGAAUUCCUUGCUGAUUGGACUUUCAACUGGUCUAUUUGAUGCAAACAACCCAAAGAUGUUGCGGACAUGUUCACUUCCAGACCUCUCCAAACUGUUCAGAACACUGAUGGAUGUCCCCACUGUGGGAGAUGGACGUCAGGACAAUCUUGAAAUGGAAGAUGAGCAUGUUAAGGAAGGACCGUCGGACUCUGAGGACAUUGUGUUUGAAGAGGCUGACGCAGACUUACAGGAGCUCCAGGCCUCCAUGGAGCAGCUGCUGCGGGAGCAGCCAGGGGAGGACUACAGCGAAGAGGAGGAGUCGGGCGUGAAGACCAGUGAUGACGCCGAGCAGGCCGCCAAUGGCACAGAUGUGGGCGAGGAGGAUGACAACCCCAGCAGCGAGAGCGCCCUCAACGAGGAGUGGCACUCGGAUAACAGUGAUGGGGAGAUAACUAGUGAAUGUGAAUACGAUAGUGUCUUUAAUCAUUUAGAGGAACUGAGGCUUCACCUGGAACAGGAAAUAGGCUUCGAAAAGUUCUUUGAGGUUUAUGAAAAAAUAAAGGCUGUUCAUGAAGACGAAGAUGAAAAUAUUGAGAUUUGUUCAACAAUAGUUCAGAAUAUUUUGGGAAAUGAACAUCAGCAUCUUUAUGCCAAGAUUCUUCAUUUAGUCAUGGCAGAUGGAGCCUAUCAAGAAGAUAAUGAUGAAUAAUCCUCAGAACUUUCAUUAACCAUCAACUGAAUGAAAGCAUUUAACUUUUGGUUCAUCAGAAUAACAAGCUUCAGUGAGAAAUGUAGCAGUUUUUACAAAUGAAAUAUUAGAUUUCAGAUGGGCAUGCUGACUGCAUGAAAAUGAUGGAGAAACAUGCCAUUUUUCAAUUAAGAUUCUAGUUUUAUAUCUAUUUUGUUUGUUGAGUUACAGUUACUUCUUACAGAAUAUGUAUUUUAUUAAGUCAUCCAACCAAAGUUUUAAGACACAGUGAUCCUGACUUGACUCAGUGGCUUUGAAGAAGAUGAAUCAUGUAGCAGGGUAACUUUGACUUUCAGCAGAUGUCUUUGAGUUGGAAGAAUUACUUCUGUUUUGAAAGACCUACCAACAGUUUUUCAUUUAUGCAUUUAAGCAUGACUCUUUUUUUCUCUCUACUUGUCGUGUCCAGCAAUUCUGGGUUAAAUAACCUUUUCAAGGGCUAUACUUAAAUCUUUAUUUUUCAAAGAUGGAACUUUCAGCCUUAGAACAUAUUUUCUCAAUCCUUUUUCAACCAGUGUGUUUCCUGAACUAGCUCAACCAAAACAGGAUACCGAAAGAGUCUUAGAAAUCAUUGAAAGAUUUGAUUAUGAAAGAGUAGCUAACAUGUAUUUCCUGAUAAUUAAGAAGUUGGUUCAUUAGUUCCAUUUUUACUUGAGGACCAGAACCAGGAAGUUUACCUUUAAACUUAGUCUGUGGACUUGAGCAUUGACCUAGCAUAUAGCAUAAAGUUUCCCUUUUUGUUUUCAACUUUUUCUCAUGCAUGUGCUUUUUAAUUGAAAUUCAAAAGGAGAAAGGAAUCAUUUUUAUUUUGACACUGUGACAGUUUUGGUAACUAGUAUUCCAAAGUGGGGAAAUGUUCACCUCUUUUAAUUACAUUAUGAGGAGAUUUAGUUAGAUCAUUAAGACAGUGGUCACACAGCUUCAGUGGCAGUAUGCCAGGUACUACAUCAUUAGAGAUGUCUGAAGUUCAGAUGCUUUUUGUAAUAAAAGCAGAAUAUUGGAAACCCUGAGAACAAAACAGUCUGAUUGACAUAAUAUAUAAUUUGAACCAUAAAAUCUUAUCUUGCAGCGCUAUCAGUACUCUGCUGAAUUUAUUAUGUAUAUUAUUUCUAACAUCCAAAACUAAAUAAUUGAUUUUUAUAUGUUUGUUUAUUUUAUGAUGUUAUUAUUAAAUUUUUAUUAUUGACCUGA